AUGGACAAGGGAGCACCUCUGAAGGAGAUCUCAAUAGACAUGGAGAUAAAUGAAGAGGAGGAGGAGGUGUCUUCACUCUUGGAUCAGCGUGAAAUUAAUCCAAAUGAUGCUCCUGGUGUUACAGAAGUGCAUACAAAGGGACAGGAUUCAUCGGCUCCUCAUAGUAACACAAAGGCUCUCAUCAAGGAAAGGGACCCAAAGGGAAUCAACAAGUGUCUUAAGCGGCCUAAAAAAGGCUUUUCUGAUGAUGUGUCCACUCAGGUGACCUUUGAGGAUGUGCUAGCGGAGCCUGCUUCAGUGAGAAGCUUUGAUAAGGUGUGGCUGUGGAGUCAUGCUCUGUUUGAAGUGUCCCGACUCUGGUUUUACCGCGUCGUUUCUCUGCUGCUCGCGGUGCCCGUGGCUCUGGCUGCAGGCCUGCUGUUUGCCGUCCUCAGCUGUCUACAUAUCUGGCUGAUAGUUCCCAGUGUGCAGCUCUUGGUCAUAAACCUGCACUGGAUAAAGGUGGUCUGGUAUAAUGUGCUGAAGAUUGCAAUCUCCCCCUUCUUCAGAAGUUUUGGAAAGUGCUGUGGAUUCAUCAGAAUCAGUCUGGAAAAUAUUAACCGCAUUUCAGAACUAAAGAAUCAGCUUUGAAAGGCAAGGGAAUUCUGAAAAUGAAAUAACGUGCAUCAUAUACAUGUAAAUGUCUCUUCGGUUGCAUUUGAUUUUGGAUAUGCAGUUGCAGCUUUUUUGUAACCUGCUUGUUUAAAUUGAGGUGUUUUUCUCAUUUCGUUGUUUUUCAUCAUACCGAUGUGUGGUCUGGAGUACCCAAUCUUGAUAA